AUGUGCUACCGUUUGUUCGUAUCACAUCGUGCUCUUUUCGUGAUCUUCAUCACUCUUAUACUGGUGUUAAAUGUCACCUUUUAUUUGUACUAUAAUGAGACAUCAUACGCUACAACCUCCGGACCCGUUCGAAAACUAACUCCCCCGGGUGAUAUGGGAGUUUUGGUACGGUACGACGCAUCCAAUCCUGUAAUCACAGCUGAGGUUAAACGAACCAUAGUCGCGCAAGGUCUGAACGAGUACGCUUCGGAACUCGUGUCAGUGCGACGGCGAUUGCCUGAUCUACGAAGUUGGUGCUGCCCGAAAGCUUACGGCCAUCUGUUUUCCGCUAGCCUUCCCGCCACAUCCAUCGUGAUCGUGUUCUACAAUGAAGCGUGGUCAGUAUUAUUACGCACCGUGCACUCGGUUCUAGAUCGUUCACCAUCGCACCUGGUUAAGGAAAUCCUUUUGGUAGACGAUUAUUCAAACUAUCCAUAUCUCAAGACUCAGCUCGAAGAAUACUUUGAACCGUUCCCGGUGGUAAAAAUCAUUCGUGCAAAAGAACGUCUCGGAUUAAUCCGCGCUCGUUUGAUGGGCGCCAAGGAAGCUUCCGCAGAUAUUGUGACCUUCCUGGAUGCCCAUGUAGAGUGUACAGAAGGCUGGCUUGAGCCACUGCUCGACGUUGUUGCUCGCGAUCCUACCAACGUAGCCAUUCCCACGAUCGAUCGCAUCAACGAGUGGAAUAUGAGUCUUCAGACCAAUAUCUCGCUCUUGCUGGCAGGAGCGUUCGAGUGGGAUCUUAACUUUGGAUGGUGCGAGAGAAAACACCUGCGUAGUGUUGUGGAUAGACGUGCCGAGCCCUGGAUUCGCCGUAGCAGUUGCGCUGCUGCUGGUCGACAUCCAGGAAUCGACAGGAAAUACACUGACCCGUGUGAGCCCUUCGAAACACCAGCAAUGGCGGGUGGUUUGUUCACCAUCCAUAAGACGUUCUUCGAGCGGAUUGGCUGGUACGAUGAGGGAUUCAUCAUAUACGGCAUGGAGAACAUUGAACUGUCCAUCAAGAGCUGGAUGUGCGGAGGGAUGAUGCUUACCGUGCCGUGUUCUAGGGUGGGUCACGUAGAGAAACACUCCCAUCCGUAUCUGUUUGAUGUGGCGAUGGAUCUGACGAUGCACAAUUCAGCCCGUUUGGCCGAGGUGUGGAUGGAUGAGUACAAGCAGGUCGUGUUUGAUGUGAAUGGGUUGCCCCGAUACUUGGAGGAACGCUUCGGUUCGGUUGAGGAGCGAAAACAAGUACGAGAGCGAGCCAACUGUAAGCCCUUUCGGUAUUAUCUGCAGCGUGCAUUCCCGGAGCUGCGUAGUCCAGCGAUAGAUGGACAGUUUAGGGGUGAAGUACGAAAUGUAGCGCUAGAAAGAACCUACUGCCUGACGGUGGAGAAAGCGGGAACACGUCCGUAUAUGUCGCUCUGCGAUGGGCUGGAGAAGACUCAGUAUUGGAGCCAUAGCUACUAUCAGGAUAUUAGCUCCUACAAGGUAUGUUUGGAUUUCAACGGAUCACUUCUUACCACUGCCAUUUGUCAUCGGCAGCGUGGCAAUCAAGGUUGGAUGUAUGUGAAGGAAACGGGACAAAUUUGGAGCAUGGCUCACACACAAUGUCUGGCAGUAGGGUCCAGGGCGAACUCCACAUUGGUAUUGAAACGCUGUAACGCUUCCGAUCAGUAUCAGCAGUGGAUGGUUAACCUUGUAGCGUAUGAUUUUUAGUGAAACGAAAUGAAACAUAACCAUUAUUGCAAUUAGAA